GCGAAUAGCCGCUACUGCAGGCCGGGUGCAUCGUGAAACUUUGGAGAAUGAAGUGGUGAAAUCAAAAAGUAGCUCACUUUCUCCAACAUUUUCAUAACAAGGACAUUACAUUUCCCGUUGGCCUGGUCGACUAAAAACACUCUACCGAGUUGCAGGCCUGGCAAGCUGACAUGGCCUCUCCUCACGGAGACUCGUUCUACUGCCUUACACCGGACGAGCUGGGGGACAAUGGCUUGCUGGCAUACCAUGUCGUCACUAUGCUCAGCGCUAUCGCUGGUCUUGCUGGAGCCAUCCAUCAGGUACGCAUCUGGAAGCAGCAGUUGCAGCGGCAGCGCUACUCCACGGCGACUUCGUCCGAGUUCCUGACCCACUCGAUGGCCAGGCGGACAUGGGAGCAGCGCUCGGUGCGGGGUGAAAGCAGUGGCGGUGCCAGCAGACCUGUGGAGGGGUUCGUGGACCCUGAGGUCGUGGUCGGGCUUGCGUAUGCGGAUGCAUUGGCAUGCAUCACUUUGAUUGUCCGCAGCAUCAUGGCGUUCUCUUUCAAGGGGCCCAUUCCGUACCCCAGCAACUCUGGCUCCAACGACACCACACUGCCCGACGUCAUGACAAGUUCCAGUGCGGGUUUACUUCACGGUGGCCGUUUGGCCGAUACAGUGGCGCCCGGAACGGAGACGCCGGCGAUAGAGUUCCAGCCCAACAAGUGGUGGUACGAGCUGCUCGGCGGACCUGUGGAGUUUUUCUUAGUUUAUUUCUACGUGGCGACGUACCUGUGGACGCUGACGUAUGCCGUGAACGUGUAUCACAACUUAGCCAACAAGCCAAUGAGGCCACUAUUAUUCAAGGUGUUGUGCUGGUGCGGUGCACUGUUGCCUGCCUCUGUCAGUAUAUUCGCCAGGUUCUACCCGUCUGGUGUACGGUGUGCCACACAUGAUGUCAACCUGUACACUACAUACAGCAGUCUCUACAUACCCAUACUGAUAGUCAUGAUCGUCAAUCCCAUCAUCUAUAUCAAGGCGUUCAGUAGGGUCACGCAGGUUCUGAAACGCACCGGACAGGUGACGAACCAAGGCCGCCAGAUGACGCUGGCUGUAAAGUACAAGUUCCUUCUGAUCCUCUUCUUCUUCUACAUCUGCUGGACUGCUAACAUUGUAGACGGAAUCUUGCAGUUCAGCAAGGCGUACACUGCACCACCACUGGGACUGUGGAUGGCCGAGGCCGUGCUCAAUCCGCUGCAAGGUCUAUUCAACGCGCUCAUCUACGGGCGCCAUGGCUUGUUCAAGAAGUGUCUCUUAUCGCUGACACGGCGCAGAAUGACAGUGGUUGACAUACCCACGUCGGUGGACCGAGAGUUCACCGAGUCUGAUCGCCUGGUGCGCCAGAACUCCCGUGCAUCAGACGCAGCAGCAGCAGCAUCACUAGUGGUCGGAACGGACUUCCAUUCUCAAAAUAGUUCCAUCACUGCCUCAAUGGGCUCAGCGUUGGGUGAAGCGGGCUAAAUAGUCGCACUGGACUUAAUCACAUCCUGCUCACUGCCCACUGACUACUGGUGCUGGUGGUGCUGAUGCCAGGAUCUUGCACAUGCAUAAAACACCUGGAGAUGGACGUGACAGAUAUCGGUGUGAUGCACGUACCGUGAAGCGAGCGGAUGGUACUGCUGAUCCUCACCUGCUUGCUUGAAGCAGACAUUUUCUAACAAAUUCCUCAGAAUGAAGAGGCUCUACAUACGCUUGAGAUCUAUUUCUGUACAAGAAACCUUUAAACCUGA